AUGGCUGAAAAGAUUAGAUAUUACUUGGAACAAUCGGUUCCAGAAUUGGAGGAUCUUAAGAUUAAAGGACUUUUCGAUAAAAAUGAAAUCAUCAUGAUUAUGAGAAGACGAACAGAUUUUGAACAUCGAAUUACUGGACGUGGUUGUAAACCAAAAGAUUUUUUAAGAUACGCUGAAUUUGAAACGAACCUUGAAAAGUUGCGUAAAAAGAGAUAUAAUAGAUUAAGUAAAGUUGGAAUGAUUGAAACUAAACCCAGCAUAAGUGAUUGGGCAGGAACUCGUCGUAUUAUGUUUAUUUUUGAUCGAGCAACCAGAAGGUAUCCUGGAGAAACUGAGUUAUGGUCUCAAUAUUUGAGAUUUGCAAAAUCAAAUGGCGCCAUUAAAGUUAUAUAUAAAGUAUACUCUCGAUUGUUACAAUUACAGCCAAGAAACAUUAAUGCUUGGUUGUCUGCUGCAAAGUAUGAGUUUGAAACCAAUGGUAACGCCAAAGGUGCUAGAGUUUUAUUCCAAAGAGGAUUGAGAUUGAAUUCGGAAUCACUUGAGUUAUGGUUAAAUUAUGCUCAAUUUGAACUAACUUAUAUAUCGAAAUUGUUAGCCAGAAGAAAAGUUUUGGGUUUAAUCACUGAAAAGCAACAACGUGAAGCCAUGGAAACCGAAGAAGCCAAAUUAAUACAAGAUAUCAAGAAAUCAGAUGAUAAUGGCGAUGAAUUUGCUGGUGAUAAAAUUGAAUUGCCUAGCACUGAGGAAAUAAAGGAUCAGUUGAAUCAGUUACCGGAAGCGGAUAUGAAUAUGUUAGGGAAUCCAGAGACUAACCCAGCUUUGAAAGGUGACGUGGUGUUAACUAUAUUUGAUUUAUGUAUUCCAGCUUUGCUUGAGUCUAUACCAAAAUACUCAACAGCAAUUAAGCCUGAUGAUAAAGUAUUUGAAAUCGUUGACAAAUUUUUAGCAUUAAUUGAAAAAUUUCCUGAUUUGAAUAGAGAUUACUUGUACUUGCAUGUGUUGAGCUACGUUCAAAGAGAAUAUGCCACUGAUUUGAGAACGCUACUUAUUGAUAUAACAUUGCCAAUCAGAGCUGUCACUGUCGACAGCAAUAAGUUGGCCGAGACUUUGCAAUUAGCUGUGAACAAAUUUAUUGCCUACAAACGCAAGUUACAAGACGGUGCAGAAAGGGACAUGUUGACUAAUAUGUUUAUAAACAAAUUAAAUAAUCAGUUCUUUAAUGAUAAAGAGCACCCUUCUCAGAAAAUCGAUGCUUUGCUCAAAGCAAUCAUCAAAAAAUGCCGUACUAUCAAUUAA